AUGUCGAACCAAGGAGAUAUUCAGGAGCGGAUGGCCGCUGCCCGACGAGAGGCCGAACAACUCAAGGAAAAAAUCAGGGCGAGACGGGAUGCUGCUGCGGACACAAGCUUGCGAGCGAUGACCGAGGAUCUCGAGUCCUUGCCGCGGGUUGUUAUGCGCCCACGACGCACACUCAAGGGCCACUUGGCCAAGAUCUACGCCAUGCAUUGGGCUGCUGAUAAGCGCCACCUCGUCUCAGCCUCUCAGGACGGAAAACUCAUCGUCUGGGACGCGUAUACCACAAACAAGGUCCAUGCUAUUCCCCUUCGCAGUUCCUGGGUCAUGACAUGUGCCUAUUCCCCCUCGGGUAACUUUGUCGCAUGCGGAGGAUUGGAUAACAUUUGCUCGAUUUAUAAUCUGCGCAACAAGGAGGGCGGGGGAAACAAGAGCGCACGUGAACUCAGUGCCCAUUCCGGUUACUUGUCCUGCUGUCGGUUCAUCAACGACAGGCAGAUCGUUACCUCUUCCGGAGACAUGACAUGCAUGCUGUGGGACAUUGAGGCGGGAGCGCGCGUCAUGGAGUUCAACGAUCACACUGGAGACGUAAUGAGUCUUUCCCUCGGACCAAACCAGAACGUCUUUGUGUCGGGUGCAUGCGACGCAACGGCCAAAUUAUGGGACAUUCGCACUGGCAAGGCAACCCAGACGUUCACCGGCCACGAAUCAGAUAUCAACGCUGUGCAAUUCUUCCCCAACGGAGACGCAUUCGCCACCGGCUCAGACGACGCCUCUUGUCGCCUCUUUGACAUUCGCGCUGAUCGAGAACUCAACUCGUUCACUCACGAUAACAUUCUUUGCGGCAUCACCUCGGUCGCCUUUUCCAUCUCUGGCCGAGUUCUCUUUGGAGGAUACGAUGACUGGACAUGCAAUGUGUGGGACACGCUCAAGGCUUGUGCUUUAAUGGAAGACGAGGUUUCUUCAGUCGAGAAAGACCGCAUCAAAUUUGAAGCUGUACGACUUUCUAAGCGGGUGACACCAAUAAGUUUGUCGGAAUGCUUAGAGAACGGCUGGUCUUUAUCUCAGGAUAACGGAAAUCGAAGCGGUAUAUCCCAAAUGCAAUUUUUUGUUUUGGAAGACUCGGUGUUUCGAUAUCUUGAUGACCACAAACAAGCUCAACCACUUCACAAGUAUCUGACGCGCAACCCCGUACUCUGUUCGAUGCUGGCGCUGAACGUUUGGCAUUUGGACCCGAGCGGGGAUUUGGCUUUUCGUUCUGGCUAUAUCCUUACUGAAGACUAUCCCCAAAUCGAACCUUGGAAUUAUGUCCUCGUUAAACCCGUCCAUGAAGAAACUAUUAUACUCAAAGGUGACCCACUUGGUCAAUCUUACCUGACCGCCAUCUUAGCCCUUGGCUUUGUAGAUGCACAUGGUGGAUUUUAUCCCUGCUCAAUCAUCUUGAAGGGCUAUAGGAAGUUUAUUUGGAGACUUUACCGGCCCGGGUUGGGAAUGUCCGAUUUUGUACCUCAACAAGUUCCGUUAUUGGAAAGCAAAAUGUUAGAAACGGCUCCUGCGAACCUCCCUGAGACUCUGCAUCAUAUCUGGCAAUGCAUCAUAGAUUUACAGGACUCGGGCCAAGGAUCGUUAUGCAGCUGGAAAAUCGAUAUAAAGGAUCCAGUGGUGGCCUUAAAGGAAACGAUUCCCUAUGAGCAGUUUCCAAGAGGGGUAGGGCUACCUGACUCCUACAAACAAAAACAGCCUCUUGGACAUCUAUAUCCAACAACAAUCUCGCACGAUGUACUUGGAACCAUACGUCCUUUAUUUUUAUUGGGUCCCAACGCCAGCACUGAAUUAGAGUGCCCCAUACGAUCGGAUUGUGUUCUCAAAUCUUCGAGGUACGUAAGGUCACAUAUCGAUUGUUUGUCUCCCGGACUGGUCCCAGAGGAUGCCGCUAUUCUUAAAUGGAUAGGGGAAUAUACACAACUUAGCCAUCUCAAUAUAUUAUCGCCACUUGGGAUACGCCAAACGUUGGACGGAGGAUUUGGGGUGGUGCUGCAGUGCACAAAAUUACAGAGUCUACGUGAAUAUCUGAACCAAAAGUCAGACGCGGAGAGAGUCCAAUUGUCUCUACAAAUUUCGAGCGGUCUAGCUUAUUUGCAUGAAGCUGGAAUAGUACACGGAAGUCUCAGAGCGGCAAACGUGCUUGUCUCUCUUACUGGGGAUGCAAUGCUGUGUCAUCCUUACUUGUUGGGAAGCAUAGGAUCCACAGAACAGUCCAAGAAGGCUAAUGUUAGAUGGCUGGCACCUGAGAUUGUGCGGGGCGAGCCUAUGAGUCAGGCUGGAGAUUCUUACUCUUUAGGAAUGACCAUACUUGAGGUAAUAUCAGGGAUGGCUCCCUAUACAAAGACCGGCGUUGCAGAGCUCUGGGAGAUUGUAUCAACAGGAAAGCCUUCCCCAUUCCCUGAGAGGCCUAUGGACGUGAUUCCAAAUAACCAACACGGGAAUCGACUCUGGACGUUUUUGCAUAGUUGUUGGAAUCCCAAUCGAGCAAGCAGGCCCAAUGCAGCCUUGGCCAGCGAAUUUAUGAGACUAUUUAUACGAUACGGGCCACAAUUGCAAUCGUCGCCUUCCAAUGAGUAUAGCACUGGAUCCAAUGCAGUACAAGGAGGAUUUGGAAACAUAUUUGCUGGUAGUUUACAUGGCGGGUUGCGGGUUGCUAUUAAAACACAUCAAGUUUCGCAGAGCCUCCUAGAGGAGAACCCAAAUAUUCUCAUGGAUGUAGCUCGAGAGAUUCAUACAUGGAGCAAAUGCGACCAUCCAAACGUACUCCACUUCCUAGGACUGGCAGAGUUCCGAGGGCAGAUUGCGAUGGUAGCACCGUGGAUGGAUAAUGGCACUUUGCCACGCUACCUGAAAAACUCCCCGAGUACAGAUCGAUGUAGAUUGUGUACACAAAUAUGUGAUGGCGUUGCCUACCUACAUCAAAUCGGGAUUAUACACGGAGAUUUGAAAGGGGCGAGUACAUACGAGGGCAAUACACGAGAUGGUGUGGCUGUUGUCUGCGACUUUGGUGGAUCCCUCUUGAAAAAUCGUAGUCUGAACAUUGUUCGUCGAGAGAAAGGAACCUUGACUUAUCGGUGGGCGGCACCCGAAGUGCUGUAUGGGUCCAAUAGUGAUGAUUCAGAAAGUGCCGGGACCGCAUCUCAAUCUAAUCAAACAACGGGAGGAUGCCCGUGGAAUAGCAAGGCUUCUGAUAUAUACGCACUAGGAAUGUGGCGCGCAAAUCAAAUGCAACACGUGACCCCCCGUGCUCGCACUUGCUGCGACGGGCCGUGUAGGCCGAUUUGUACUCAAGUAUAA